AUGCUCUCGCUGGCACACCGAGGAGGAGCGAGCCGGGCGCUCGCCGGUGCCGCUCGACGUCACCUCUGCGUCGUGACGGCCGGAAGCGAGGACGCUGUUAGCACGGCCCUUGCCGGUGAGAAGCCGGUCGUACUCUACUUCACUGCGACGUGGUGCGGCCCGUGUCGCAUGAUCUCGCCCAUCUUUGCGGAGCUGGCCAAGGCGACACCCGCUGCGAGCUUCCUGAAGGCGCCGCCUGCCGAUUCUCCCUGCUCACAGGUGGAUGUGGAUGAGCUUGCUGAGGUGGCACAAGAUCACAGCAUCGCGGCGAUGCCGACUUUUCAGUUCUACAAGGCCGGACAGCUCAUGGACACGAUCGUCGGUGCCGAUGUGGCAAAGCUGAAGGCCGCCGUGCAAAAAUUGUGA